AGAAUAAAAACGAUAACUAAAAAAGAAGAAGAAGAUUGGAUAGAAACAUUGAGAUACAUAUAUAUACAUACCACUGGACACACACACACAGUAAUAUAACAAUAGGUGUUGAAACGAAACGAAACGAUGUCGUCGGCCACCAUUAUCGAUGGGAAAGCUAUCGCCCAAACAAUCCGAUCCGAAAUUGCCGUCGAAGUUCAACGUCUCUCCCAAACAUACAACAAGGUGCCGGGUCUAGCAGUGGUAAUAGUGGGGAAAAGGAAGGAUUCACAGAGCUAUGUGGGUAUGAAAAGGAAGGCUUGUGCUGAACUCGGUAUUAAGUCUUUCGAUAUUGACCUUCCUGAGGAUGUCUCCCAAUCUGACUUGAUUACCAAACUCCACCAAUUGAAUGCCAAUCCUGAUGUUCAUGGUAUACUGGUACAGCUUCCGUUGCCUAAACAUAUAAAUGAAGAGAAAAUUCUAACAGAAAUAUCCCUGGAAAAGGAUGUUGAUGGAUUUCAUCCAUUAAACAUUGGCAAAUUGGCAAUGAAAGGCAGAGAUCCUCUUUUUGUCCCUUGCACCCCAAAGGGUUGCCUCGAGCUUUUAUCAAGAAGUGGUAUUAGUGUUAAGGGAAAGAAUGCGGUUGUGGUGGGUCGAAGUAAUAUAGUUGGUUUACCAGUGUCUUUGCUCCUUCUCAAGGCAGAUGCUACUGUUACUGUAGUUCAUUCACACACAAAGGAACCGGAGACCAUCAUUCGUAAUGCUGACAUCAUUAUUGCUGCUGCAGGACAAGCAAAAAUGAUAAAAGGAAGCUGGAUAAAAGCGGGUGCUGCAGUAAUUGAUGUAGGAACAAAUGCUGUGGAUGAUCCGAGUAAGAAAUCAGGAUACAGGCUGGUUGGGGAUGUGGAUUUUGAAGAAGCAAGUAAGGUAGCUGGAUGGAUCACUCCAGUUCCUGGUGGUGUGGGACCCAUGACUGUUGCUAUGCUACUAAAGAAUACUUUGGAUGGAGCUAAGAGAGUCAUUGAACAUUCAUGAUUCAUCUUUUUUCUUAAUUAUAUCAAAACCUUAUUAACAUCUAUCUCUAUUGGUGUUCGUCGUCGUUUACCAUUAUUAUGUUUAGUUUCGCUUGUUGCCAUUGUAAUGCUGAAAAUAUAGAAUGACGGAUUUUGAUGCUUCUUGUUUGUCAUUGAGGUUGUAUUAUCCGGGGAAACAAAAACUAUUAUUAUUAGUAUUUAUGUCGUAACUAAGUGUUUCUGAGUUUCUGCU